AUGGCAGAAGUUGGUCUUGUGGCUUCAGUGUUUGGGAUCGCCUCUCUCGGCGCAUCAGUCUCUAAAGCGCUAUUCGACCUAGGCUAUACGAUGCGCUAUGCUCAUGAACAGAUCGAUGAAAUCGCAGGCGAAGUUACGACCUUCACAAGCAUCAUCAGGCAACUAGGAGCGGUGUUGAAGGCGCAGAAGGGCUUCUUCACCGACGAGGCUGAGAAGAUGGUCGUAUCAUCCAUGAGCGACUGCAAGAGACUAUUCAGGUCCAUCCGACGACAAAUCAAGCGGAAGGAGAAGAGCCUGGUGGCAUUCCGCUGGCUGUUCAGGAAGACAAAGGCCGAAGAGCUGAAGAGAAGAAUGGACGCCCUGAGAGGUCUGCUGGGAUUGAUGCUGCAGGUGAUGCAAAUCGGCAGGAAGGUCGAGUCCGACAAUAUCCUCCCCGACGCUCUUUCCGAGCUCAGAGAGCAAGUGAAAAUGCUCAAGAACGAAGUUCUGGCCUAUCAUCGCAGUUUACCCAAGCUACAGGAGGCCGAGAGAAGUCUUCAGGUCUUGACACGACCACCCAAAACAGAGAGAGACCAUCAGCAGCAUGAUUCGUCUCCGCCUAGUGUUCAGCAUCCGUAUUGGUAUCCAGGAUAUAUUUCGCCGGACUCGGUUCCUACAGAAGUUGUUAUCUUCGAUGGCCCGCAUCCACAGCAAGAAGGGUACGCGCAGCCUCUUUUAUCGGCUGAUGAACAUCAUCCUAGCGAGUCGGACAUAUCAGAAUCCGUGUCGGCGUCAGCAACAAUGGAAGGAGAAAACGAAAAGCCCUCUGGCGCCACCCAUACCGCAAGUUCCGGCGACGAGGCUGGGAAAAAUGCCGCACCAAACGGACGAAGAUCAAAGAACGAACAUGCGUCUCGCGCACCAGCAAGAUUGACCUACCGUGUAUCUCAGAGGCUGAUUACUUCCAUGCCCUACAACCCCAUGACGGCCAUCAGUCUAUCAGCCGCACCGGCGAGACCGACUGCUAGCAACACGCAGCUCCACAAGGGGCAAGAAUCUAGGCCAAGUUCGCCGGACGAUGAGGCAACAGACGCGCUCAAGCUAUUGUUCGGCCAGUGGACGAAGGUAGAUCCGCGGUUGAUUGGCGAUGUGCUGGAUAGGGACAGGCCUGGGAAACGACCAACAACGAUAACAGUUGACUCUCUAUCCCAAGACUCGGAUGAUGAAAGCGAGAGUUCGGUCGAAAGCGAAUCCCCCCGGGCUUCUUCAAGAUCCAGGAGCCGGCAUCGCCCAUACCCAUGGCCGCGACAUCAUGACCAUCCUCGUCAGAUAUCAGAAGACCAGCCCGCGGCGGUCGGAUGGGGGACCGACGGCCCCCUAUAUCUAGGACCAACUCGGAAUCGAGACGCCUGGCUACCGCCCCUGUCCGAAGAGCCACCCCUCGCAAAAGUCCUCGCAACCUGUAACGCACGCUUCGUCUGGAUGCACCGCAACUCCCAAGUCUUGACAUAUUUCGCGGAUACCCAGAUCUGUAUGCGAUAUCGUCUGAAGCCGCCGAAUGAAGUAUAUGCGUUACCGGAACGAACCGAAACGGUCCUUCCUAAGCAGUGGGUACUGAAGGAAGUGAUUGAGCUGUUCGGGUUCGUGUGCAAGGAGGAUGACGAAGUACACUGGGCAAUUGACAAGGCGUUGACCUUUGUCGAAGUCAGACAGCUCGUUGAGGUAUCUUCCCACCUGAUCGAAAAGAACAUCCGCAAGAGAGCCUGUGAGAAUAUGGAGAACACCAGCGCAGGUCCGCCGAGGUAUGAGAGCUCAAGAAAACCUUCACUGUUCACCUCUGUGCCGCAUGAUCCGGCCCCGAGGCAGGGCGCAGGACCUUUAGUCGCCGUAUCCCAUCCCGUCGACAUGCAGUUGAUGAGGGUUGGCCGCCACUCUCCACCGCACCCGGCGGAUCCGCAGUUUCAAUCGGAGGAAGAAGGCCCCGGAGACAGAGACAGAGACAAAGAUCAGUAUGGAGAGGAGACCUUGAGUGUUUUCAGCAGCCAAAUCGGCUACAGCGACAGUCUGACGCUGUCGCUGUCGCAGUCGAACCACACCAACCAAGGCGGUGAUAGCAGCAGCAGCGUAUCUCGGCUGGCUGGUGAAAGGGAUAUCGAGACGGGGAUCGAGAGCCGAAGGCACCGUGACCAUGACCAUGAUCGUGAACGAGCACGAGGCUCGCUAGUGGGCCGGGGCAAACGACGCGAGCAACGAAAGACCAGGCGUCCGGACGUCGACGUGCAAAGUUCCAGUCAAACCCAGGCGACGGAUCCGCGUGUUGGUCGACGGCGCCAUCGGGACCGCAAGUACUCAUAG